AUUCGUGAUAGCCACCACCGUUAUGACUCCAACCACCGGCUUCUACCGCCGUCCGAACCACAACUCCGGCAGUUGGCCGCCGACUCUUGUCAGCUUAAUUACUUGAAGAACUGAAUCAGCUUUCUUGAUCAAAAGCGAUCACCUUGGGAGAGGUACUAUGAGUGGUGGGCUUCGUACAAGCGUGAAGGGGUUCCUUAAUGCAAAACGCCUGGCUUUGUCUGCGGAAACAGAUACAGUGCAUGAGACGAAUGAGACCAUCACUCGCAAUUUCAGUGCACUCCAAGCUGCUGCUGAUUCUGUGGAUAAGAAGAAUGCACAAGAGAAGAGCAUUGCUUCAACUUCAUAUGGGCUCAGUAUCUAUGACGUGCCUUCAUCUCCUCGGACACAGAACGAGAUCUUGCCAAGAAGAUUCUUCUAUAAUGAACUGAAAACAGCAACCUGGAACUUUCAUCCUGUUAAUAUGGUGGGUAAAGGUUGUUAUGGUCGUGUUUUUAAGGGGUGGAUUGAUGAUAAUACAUCAGCAUCUGCCAAACCCGGUACUGGCAUGUUAAUUGCUGUGAAGACAAUUAAAGGAGAAGGUUUACAGGGUCAAAAGGAAUGGUUGCCUGUUGUUGGAAUAGGGGUUUCUUACCUUUAACCACUUUCGUGGAUCCUGCGUAUGAAGAUUGCCCUCGGUGCUGCCAAGGCUCUAGCAUUUAUUCAUAAUAGUGAGGGAAAAGUGAUCCAUCGGGACUUCAAAAGUUCUAAUAUCCUACUGGAUUCAAACUACAAUGCCAAACUCGCUGAUUUUGGUUUUGCUAAGGACGGACCAGCAGGUGAUAGUAGCCAUGUCUCGACAAGGGUGAUGGGGACAUAUGGAUAUGCAGCUCCAGAGUAUGUUGCUUCAGGUCAUUUAACCAGCAAAAAUGAUGUGUAUGGUUUUGGAGUUGUUAUGCUCGAAUUGUUGACAGGAAAACCAGUUCUUGACACCAGCCGGGCAACCAGGGAACAAGAUCUAGUUGAAUGGGCCAAACCAUACCUCGCCAGCAAACCAUACCUCGCCAGCAAACGCAGAGUUCUUAAAAUUUUGGAUGCUCGUAUUAAAGGCCAGUAUUCUGUGGCUGCAGCUCGUAAAGCGGCUAACCUUGCAAAUCAAUGCUUAUCAGCAGAACCCGAGUUGAGGCCAAACAUGAAUGAGGUGGUAAAAGAAUUAGAGCAGCUUCAGGAAUCAGGUGACAUUGAGGGCGCAGGAAUCUCUCAUAGCGAGCCUUGCCAAUCUCCUUAUUCCAAUUCAAGCAGUGUCAAAUCAAGCUGGAGAAGUUGGAUCAGCUUCAGGUCAUCUGCUUCUCGCAGCUACAUAAGAUAGUCAUGCAUGCAAAUAUAUGAGUUUUAGUUUAGUUCUCAGGAAUUAUUCUUGUUUCGAUCAUGCUGUACUUAUAGAGUUCCAGCCAAUUUGAGGAGAUUACAUUAUUCAAAACAAAACUUAUUGUAUUCGGCCUGAUAUA